UUCUUUUUUUGUGUCCUCACACUCUGAGUAGACCUUUCUCUUCCUUUAACCAUCUGAGCGGCUGCAAAACAUCAACCAUCAGCACCAGAUCUGGACUUCUAUGGCCCCUAUGAGAGUGUACAGCUGCAGUUCUUAGAAAUUAAGCUGCUUUGAGACUGUGUGUGUGUGUGUGUGUGUGUGUGUGUGUGUGAGUGUGUGUGGUGUUCGUAGACGUCUCUCCUCGCCAUGGCAGCAGCUCUGCCGGUGUGUUACCACGGCUCCAUCUCCAGGACGGAGUGUGAGGCUCUAAUGAUGAAGAAAAACAAGGACGGAGCCUAUCUGAUCCGAGACAGCGAGACCAUCCAGGGAGCCAUGUGUCUGUGUGUUUAUAAACAACGCGUGGUGUAUACGUACAGAUUGCUGCAGUCACACACUGGACAAUAUACUCUCAUGACAGCAGGAGGUAUGGAGGAGACAUUUUUUAAGACUCUGGACGAUCUGAUCCGCCACUAUAAGAAGAAGAACCAGGGCCUGAGCAUGCACCUGCGCCACUCCGUCAAAAGGAAGUCGGCCAUGUUGAUCAAGCUCAAGACGCCUCCUGAGACUCCUGAGACUCCUGAGCCUCCUGAGCCACAGAGGACAUCUGAGGACGAGCCCGAUUAUGAGAAUGUUCCCGGCGACUCUGAAUACGUCGAAGUCCUGCCUCCCUGAACAUCUCUGACACUUCGCUUCAAACACACGAGUAGAGUGAAGAAGUGUCUAAAUGUUCACAGACUGGAUCAAAUUCGGGCACUUUAAAUGCUGAGGAAGAGGACUCUCCGGCUGCUUGAGGGUCCAUAAAUAUAAGUGGACAUGUGGGUCUGUCGGGUCCACCACUGUGGUCCAGACUGAACAUUCAUGAUCCCCCGAGGAUGAACCGUAAUCACUUCGUUGAUGCUUUCGCUUUUCUUUGACUUCUGUUAUCUGGUCCAAUACUCUGUUGUUGUUUGCAAAACUCAGGACUUUGCAUUUAUUGCCAUUUAGCAAAUGUUAGCAUGCUAAAACGCUAAGCUAAGAUGGUGAAAGGCAUUCCUUAGAAUCAGAUUCUAAACAUGCUAACGUUAACAUGCUAAAAUGCUAUGCUAAGAUUGUGAACGAUAUACGUUAGAAUCAUUAUGUGAACCUGCUAAUGUUAGCAUGCUACGAUGCUAAGCUAAGAUUGUGAGCGGCAUUCCUUAGAAUCAUUAUGUAAACAUGCUAAUGUUAGCAUUAAUGAUGGAAGAAGUACUCAGAUGCUUUUUUAAAAGUAAAGUUGUAUGAAAUACAAGUAAAAAAGUAUCAGCAACAGUACUGAAAGUACUCCUUGAGCCAUUUCAGAAUAAUGUAUAUUACAUACAAAAUUAUUAUUAUUAAUGCCUUAAUAUGUUCAUCACUUUAAUGCUGCAGGAAUGUUAGAGGCUCAUUUGAACUACUUUGUAUUCCGCUGGCUAGUUUAAUCAUAAUUUAUUUGUUGAUUUAUAUUUUGUAUUAAUAAUCGGAAUUAACUAUUAAUUAACUAUUAAUAAGAAUUAACUAUUAAUAAUCGGAAUUAACUAAAUAAAGUUGAAUUGAAAUAAAGCUAAA